GUGCUGCCAGAAGACCGUGCUCUCGAUCGUGUUAACGUCAAAGACGGCGAUCUGCUCAGCGCGGUCGUGGGGAAAGAUCAGCUGGCGUCCACAGACAAAGCCUUCGCGCUGCUCGGUGCGGAUGGAUCCGUUGUGGCCUGGGGACACCCGGAUUCCGGAGGCGAUGCAAGAGCGUUGCAACAUCGACUCAGCGAUGUGGAGAUGCUGCAGGGCUCUUUCCGCGCCUUCGCCGCGCUGAAGGCCGAUGGCUCGGUGGUAACCUGGGGCCACCGCGGAUAUGGAGGACAGAGUAUCCGCGAUGGCAGCCAGGGCCAUAGCGAAAGCGUGAAGCGCCUUUUCCCCACUCACAAUGGCAUCUUAGCCGUCCUUGUGGAUGGAUCUGUUGCUCCUUGCGGCUGGUCGAACACAAGCGAGGACGUUACCACCCGGCGCGCGGUGGAUUGCAUGACAGGCGUCCAAGAUGUCAAGAACACCCGCGGUGCUUUCGCUGCCAUCGUGGGCGAUGGGUCUGUGGUGACUGGUGGCAAUUACAUCUACGGUGGCGAUUGCAGCGCGGUUCGUGAGCAACUACAGGACGUGCGGCAGAUCGCUGCCAGCUAUGGGGCCUUUGCUGCGCGAAGGGGCGACGGAUCG